CAUGGCGCGUUAGCAACGACAUGGUUGUAAACAAAUAUGGCUGUGAAUGUCAAAAUUUAUUGAAUCGUUUUUCUGAUCGUCUCUUAAUUAUGUGCACAGAUGACCAACUUGAUAUGACUGUACUAGUGUUUCAGAAAUUUGUAAUACGUCCAUGUAAGUAACGCCUAACGUAGCGGGAUUUUGGAAAUAUGGCGGACGAUCCAAAUCGGGACAUUUUGCCUGUGAGAGAAGGCUCCUGCGCCGAUACUUGUCGUAGUAGCAUAGAUCCCAGGGAGCGGCAUUUCGUGUACAAGCUCGAUCGUUACCAGCUGGAGGACAAGUAUUUACGACUGCUCGAGGAAGCGAGUAACUUGAAGAAACUGUCGAACUGUCAGGAGGAUAAGAUCAAACGAUUGGCAACGAAGCUGAUGAGAGUGACUGCCAAUCCGAGGGCAUGCACCGUUGCUUUUGACGUUUACGAGGAUAAGAAUAAAAUAAUCGCCCUUGAACUCGAAAACUCCAAGCUGAAAGAGAAAAUCUCUGUACUGAGAAACCAAUUGUUGAGCCACACGAUAUCUGGUAGAUCGUCGUCGAGGAGUCGUAAUCCCCAAGCUAGGCCGUCGUCCGGACGCAUAACGUGUCGAAGCGAGAACAGUCGCACCAAGAUACCGUCUUGUCACUGCAUCGUCGAGACCGUGAAUGACGACUACGAGGCGCAAAGUAAAGUCGAGGAACUGGAGGAGCAGAAAAAAGAGAUGUCGUGUCGUAUAGCGCAGCUGGAAAAAGAGCUGUCCGCUUACACGGCCACCACCCAGAGGGAGAAAGUCGCGGAGAACGUCGAGUACAUAAGAUGCUGGCGACAAAUGAAGCAGCUGAACGAUAAACUAAAAGCCGCACGAAACACGAACGAGUCGUUGAAUAUGCAAAUCAACGAUCUGAAGAGGAUGCUCGAGGAGGCGACGAAGAACAACCAAGAGAUCACGACGACGCUUUUGACGGAGAAGAAGCAUUCGUCGCAGCUCGAGGAGGAAAUGCUGAGGGCGAAGGAUUCCCAGCUGUCGUUGAGAGAGAAGGACGAGCAGAUAAAGGACCUGGUGAACGAGAUGAAAAUACUGCAGCAGCACAACAGCGAGCUUAUGGCGCUCAGUUCUAAGAACGGCGACGUAGAGCUGGAGAACCUGGAGUUGAAGAGAAAGGUCAACGAGCAACGUCACGAUCAAGAAGCUUUGAAAGCCGCUUUCAAUACGGAGCAAGCGAACAUUGUGAAUCUGCAAACCUCGAACGAGCAACUGCUCGGGAAACUUCACGAGCUUCAGAAGAACAUGGACAGUUUAACGUCUUUCCAAGCUCAGACCGAGAAACAGGAAGCGGCAAGGACAAUGGAAAUAUCAGAGAAGCAGCCCGAUAGGAGAGUCGUAACAACGACGGACAGACAACAGCUAGAACCGAUCGUUAGCGAAACGAUACUGUGCAGGAGGUGUUGCAACGAACCGAAAGUGUAUGUAACGCGAGGUUUACAAGCCACUAAACCGAUAGACAAAUUCGCGCAGACGGAGUACGCGGUCGAGCAGGUCAUCGUGGACAAAAAGGAUCAAGGGACGUCGGUCAUGACACCGGUUAAAGAGAAACCGAAGGAGCAACCGUCGGUUGUCCAGCAGAGAACGGAAAUGGCAACGACGACGGAGAGUGCUCUGACGCCGGAGAAGAUGCUGAAGCUGCUGGAACAAGCGCAAAUUAACACGCCUCUGGACGGGAUGAGAUUCGCCCAUAAAGACGUGGCCAGCAACGUGGUCUACAACGACAUCCUGGACCUGAACCAGAGACACAGGCAAGUCGUUUCCCUUGAGAAGCUACUCUUCGAAAUUAUCGUUAGAUUGUGUUGCAGCGAUGCAGGGACGCUUGCUCGAGCACCCCAAGAGAGUCCAGAAUUCCAGCUCGGAUUUCAGCAACAGAGGCUCGAUAAACACGCGUCAACCCCCGGCCAGCCCUUGCCCGAUACCAAUAAAAUGUUGUCUUUUUUAUUUAACGUGCUUCAAGAAUAUUCUAUUUCCGGCGUGAUGCCCGAGGCUGCCAGUUUGUAUCGUCCAGCGACGGUCGAGAACCGACUCGUCAAAGAUAUCAAUAACAACGUCGACGGGGCCAGUCGUGGUUCGGAGAAAAAUUUCAACGUUGCUCCGAAAGACGUCGCGCGGCAUCCUUUAGAAAUCGAUGCUUUGAACAGGACCGGUAGAGGUUUAAGGGCUACCAGCAGUCUCGUUCGAACCGGUUGCGGCGCGAAGAAGUUCUGCACGAACAUUGGCAAUCGCUUGCGUCAGGAAAAGAUAAAGAGAAAAAUGUUUUCGAACGUCGGAUGGCACAAUCGGGUCGCCAAGUUCCCUCAGACCGCAGAUUGCACUUGCAACGACGCGAUGAGAUGCAGUUUCGGCUCCGAUUGCGAUAAUCGUUGCUGCAACAACACGAAAUCGCUCGUGUCCAUGUCUAGUAGGAACCUGCCGUGUGGAUUGCAAUCGACGACGAUCAAGAACGGUCCAGCAAACGUUCAGAAAGCCCUAGGCACGAUGUACAUAACACGCAAGUUGCAGGAUGAGAACGAUGCAGGACCGUAUAGAUCAUGGAAGAGGAAUAACAGAUUAUUCCCAGAGACGAAGAGCGAGUCCGACGACGAUAGAUCGCUGAGAGAAUACAUGAAGCAGUUGAACAAAUGCAGGGAGCUUUUGGGCAACGAUUGCUUCUUGAACGGCGGAACUAACGUCUCAAUGGAGAUGCCAAAGGCGGAAUCAUUUUGUACCGUGAACUGCCCAAACGAGUGCGUCGAUGCUUUCAGUUCCGCUUCCGACUCAUUUCCGUUGGUGAUAGCGGACGGUCAGGGCCUGAUGGAGCUUCACGUUCUAUCUCUGCAACUCUCAACGUCUGCUAAACAAAUCCUGUUUCGAGAGAACAACCUCGACAACGUGUCGUUGUUCGUGAGCUGGGACUUGUGGGACCAGGAGACAGCGUACACGCCUACGUUAAAGUGUCCGAAACUGAACUUCAAUUCCUCGUUCGUCUAUCGGAUCACGGACCUCCACUCCUUCUUCACCUACGUUCUCCAAGAGUCCGUGAUGUUCCAAGUGAACGUCUACCACGAGGGCGACGACAGCUACGUGGUGGCCGCGGGGAAGCUCUGCAUCAAGGACAUAUUGGAUUAUCCCCAAAAUAAGCUGCAUUAUAUCGCUCCGGUGAACAGCGUGAUCCCCUGCUCGCUUGGCACGACCUUUGGCCAAUUGUCCCUGUGGGUCAGGCUGAGCUGCGACGUCGAGAAGGUGGAGACGUUCAAAAGGAAACGUCACUUGCUCACCCAGUCAGAAUAUCGCCAAGACGGCGGGGAACAACGACGCCCGUCCAAAGUCGAGCCGCCUGGGAAGCGUAACGCGGUAGCGGAGAACGAUCUGUACGUGUUGAAGGAAGGAGACGCCAAGAUACACCUCGGUUACGAGUCGCCCAAGGAAGACCUGCUUCCGGAUUCAGAGUCGCAGUCGCCAGUGCCGUUUGAAACAAGUGAAUCACCUGUAAAUGGCGCAUCGCAUACUAUAAUCGCCGAGGACCCCUUGACCAUUAUGAAGGAGACCGAUAUGGAGCUUCGCUUAUCCGUUCAUCGCCAGGAAACGAGCAAAGAAAAAGAAACAGUGGAGAACGAUGUCUCGGAUCAUCAGCUCGAAAAGAAGGCACAGUCCGAUGGACCCACGGACGACGCGAAGGGAGAAACGGAUGAUCAAGCAGACUCCUCGAGCGUAGCAGAGUUCAACGCUAUAAUCGUUAACAACAUACGCGACAGUCUGAUGAAGGCCAAUUCGAACGAGUCGUUCGACGAAGUGACCAAGGUUCUCUCGCAGAAGAAUUGGGAGAAGUACAAACGGAAGAGCAUGCUCACGUUCUCUGCCACGUUCGGGCCCGGGAACAAGGACACCGAGAACGACAGCAGCGAAACUUCGAACGACGACCCGGCCGAGAAGGACACGAUCACCAUCGAGAUCCUGAAUAUCAUUCUGUUCCCGAAAAGUUCCCUGAUGGAGAACGAGGAAUUGCAGCUUCUGUACGUUGAAUUCUCUUUUCUCGGAUACACUGGCCCCGAUAUGGAAACGAUCUCCGUGAAGAAGCCUAAACCUCCCGAGCAGAAGAUGACGUAUAAUUUUAAAAAAAAAUUUUGCGUGGACGAGGAGAGCCACGCGGUGCAGGAUAACAUUUUGCGCGCGAUGCUCAACGAGUCCACCAAUCCGAACAUAACGUUCCUGAUCGUUUGUGAACCCCUUCCCGAAGAAACCGACACGAAAGAGUGCAUAGAAGUCGGUUACGCGGAGCUCAAUCUGAGGGAGUAUGCGCUAGGGGACAGCUCAAAGAUCGUUACUCUACCGAUAUACAAUGCAGAUGGGAAUGAAAAAAUUGGCCUAUUGAAGUAUCAGACGAAGGGUAGAUUAAAAGUCGUAUGA